GCUUUCUUGCCGUAUCUCGUUGACACUCCUUUUCUAUAUAGUAUAUACCUAUAUAUUUGAUAAAAUGGCUGCGAGAGCUCCAGUGAUCAGCUGAUGAUGAUACCUACUGCAGUCUGCUCUACUGCUCUAUAUAGUGCUCUGCGAAGAUGAUGGCUCGCGAAUGCGUUGUCGCAUGAAUCAUAGCUACAUAUAUAUAUAUAUUAAACGCAACCACGCGAUAGUCCUCGCGAAUUACGCGGUGCUGUGCAGAUCUUUCUCAGCAGCUAAUCUCACAAGAUAAAUAUAUCCAAGCUCUAUCAGUAGCUCAGCAGCAUCGAACUAAUGUCGUCGCGUCGAUGCCCACAUCCGAUACUCCUGAGAUGACGGAUAUAGAUAUAAUCGAGGAGGGAUCGUACUGAUUUCUUGCCGAAACUUACUGAGUAGCCAGCACAUGCUGCUCGUGCUCCCUCCCGCGCUGCAGCAGCAACGCCGCCGCCGCGACAACAAUAAGUGUGUCUCUUCGCUUCGCGUGCGUCACGACCAACAGCAGUAGCCAGCCACUACCUAUCUACUGACAGGUGAAACCCAGAGAAAAUGACCAAGAGGAGAUAGAGAGUGAGUAGCUGAUAUGCAAGAGAUGCAACCCUGCGCUUGUAUUUGAUGGCACGUUAAAAAAUCACAGUGUCUCGGACUUUCGAAAUUAUAUGAUAGUUUGGAAUCAUAACCAAACUUAUAAAGUAUCUUGGCUGUGAUGAGCGACUCGGAACAGCGUCAACUGCACGUGCCUUACAGAGAGUAUAAUAGUCACAACAGUACUAAUCCUGCAACGCUUGUUGAAACGGACGCUCUAGUUGACUUAUCAGUGACUCCAAACAGUAACGUUAUUUUGGCCAACGGGCAACCACUACACUUAUUACCAGAGGUUGAAUUUGCUCCUAGCUUGAGUGUUGAUCAACCAACAGCCAUUGAUUCUCCUGGUACUGACCGGGAGAGCCAGCCUCUCCUGGGUCGAUUAGAACUGGAUGUAACUUACAAUCGUUUUCCUGAUGAUCCACAAUUUUCCGAGCUAGUUUGGCAGGCUGAAUGUGCAAUAGAUAAUGGGAUAUUUCCUCAACGAAUAUACCAAGGAUCUAGUGGCAGUUAUUUUGUUAAAAAUCCUGCAGGGAAAAUCAUAGGUGUUUUCAAACCUAAAGAUGAAGAACCUUAUGGAAGACUAAAUCCCAAGUGGACAAAAUGGAUGCAUAAACUAUGUUGUCCAUGUUGCUUUGGUAGAAGUUGUUUGAUUCCAAAUCAAGGCUACUUGAGUGAAGCAGGAGCCAGUUUAGUUGAUCGAAAACUUGGUUUAGGAGUUGUACCAAAUACUAGAGUCGUUAAACUCGUCAGUAAAACUUUCAAUUAUGUUAGGAUCGACAGAGAAAAGGCUCGCAUGAAACAGGCGAUAUUGGAUCAAUUUCCAGCAGUAGCUUCACAUUUUAAUAGAAUAGGAUUGCCCCCGAAAAUCGGUUCCUUCCAACUCUUUGUAGAUGGAUACAAAGAUGCAGACUACUGGCUCAGACGGUGGGAGAGCGAACCACCGCCUCCUCAUUUAGCAAAACAAUUUCAACUUCAGUUCGAGCGUCUAGUAGUUUUGGACUACAUUAUUAGAAAUACAGACAGAGGUAACGACAACUGGUUAAUAAAAUAUAGCCCCGGGUCGCCGAAGAACGGGACAGAAGGAGAAGUCAAAAUUGCGGCAAUCGAUAACGGAUUAGCAUUCCCGUUCAAGCACCCAGAUUCGUGGCGUGCAUAUCCUUAUCACUGGGCUUGGUUGAGCCAAGCCAAACUGCCCUUUAGCGAAACGACGCGAGAACUCGUCUUACCACAACUUUCUGACCACAAUUUUGUACAAGACUUGUGUGAUGAUUUAUACCUGUUAUUUAAACAAGAUAAAGGAUUUGAUCGACACCAUUACGAUAAACAGAUGAGUGUGAUGCGAGGCCAAAUAUUAAAUCUUCAACAAGCAUUGAAAGAUUCGAAAAGUCCUGUACAAUUAGUUCAAAUGCCGGCUGUUAUUGUUGAAAAGGCCAAAGGAAAUGGAGCACCAAGGCUGUUUUCAUUCUCGGACACUUUUACUCAGCGCUUCCAAAAUAAGAGUCCAUUCUUUUCCUGGUGUUGAUCAGUCAGAUACUAUCCAUUUUGUUUAACUUUUCUCUCUCUCUCUACUCCCUCCCCCACCCGUCCCUUUCUCUCAAGUGCCCGAAUUAGUGUCAUAGAGUGACGGAAAUGCUAUCUUUUAUAAAUGUAUUUUCACUUUAAUUUAAUACAAAAGACUUUAUCUCACAUAGUAUCCAAAAUCCAUAAUCCGUUGAUGUAGCAAAACUAUCAGAUUUUACUUGUAUUAUACUAUUGUAUUAGGAAAAUUAUUUUUGCGAAAAAUGACAUUUAGUUGAGCUAUGAGAUAUUCAUUUAUAAAUACAGUAUAAACGCAAAAUAUGUUUAUGUUAAAUCAGUCUUCUUACUACGCUUAUUAUAAAAAAAUAAUUAUAAGAUGUCUUGGUAACUUCAAACAAUGCGCUGAUUCGUUAUGUGAAUGCUAGAAAUGAUGUAUAUAAUUUAAGUCUGUAUUUAUAAAGCAACGAAGAGAGUUUUAUAGACUAUGUGCCAAUUGGUGAUUUACUUGAAAAUCUAUUUCUUAUGUGCAUUCCAUGUGUUUUGACAUUGAUUUCGGGUGCCUUGUAAAGUGCAAGGAACAGGAAUGUGAAAACUUGUAAAGUAUGAAACUUGUAAAUUUACUAAAAUCAAGAAUGGACUUGGAUCUAUUUCAUAAUUUUAGUAAAGUCCGUCAAUUUCAGACGGUCAUUUUUUUGUAAAGAGUUUUGCCUAUAAAUUGCGAUGCUAUCGUGUGUUUAGUCUGUAAAUAUCGUUAAACCGUUUGAUUUGGCUUCUUUUACUAAUUGAUCAUAGAAAAAUGUUAAAUUAUGUUAAAGAAAUAUAUAUAUAUAUAAUACAUUGGUUUGUCACAAUAA